UGCACUUUCCUCUGAGGCUCUCUUGGAUUCUCACACCCCUCCGUACCAAAACCAAUUAUUCGAUUAUUGGAUUAUUACCGUAAUCUUGUAGAUCUCCAGUGGAUUGAGUCAAGCAGACGGGUGUCGAUUCUGAGUUAGAGGAUCAUGGUUCUGUGUACUGUAGUAGAGAUAAAAGGGAGAAAGUAUUGCAGCUAAAUAAAGCAGAGAACAAGCCCGUCUCAGGACAUCAGUCCAGGGUAGAGGAUCUGCCAGGAGAGAGACAACACAAAGAGAGAGAGAUGGAAUUUUGCAGCGUGUGGAUCUUCCUCUUGUUCCUGUGUCUCUCUCAUCAAAGCGUCUCUGCGGAAGCUGAAGAAUGUCGCACAGCCCAGCCUGCAGAUAUUGUGUUCCUGGUGGAUGAUUCCUGGUCAGUGGGUCCAUCCAGCUUCCAGCAUAUCAAAGAGUUUAUAGCACACGUCAUCAGAGCUUUCCGGGCCAGUGUGUUUGGACAGGAGGGCAUUCGCUUUGGAGUGACCGUCUAUUCAGACGUGCCCAGGAUGCGCAUAGCUUUGACGGAUUACUUGACUUUGGAGGAAGUGCUAAGGGCCGUGGAGGAUGUGCCGUAUGAGGGAGGAAGCAGUCGCACGGGUCUGGCAUUGGAGUUUCUGGUAGAAUCUGUCUUCAGUUCCGCCAUCGUCAGAGACAAUGCCCCAAAGAUUGCUGUUUUGAUCACUACUGGUCAGUCAGAUGAUCUGGUCGAUGGUCCGGCUACAGCAGUAGCAGACAGUGGGAUUUCCCUGUUUGCUGUGGGGGUGAGGAACGCUGAUCAGUCAGAACUGAUGAAAAUCGUCACAGAUCCUCACGAGGAACAUCUGAUGCUCAGCCCAGAUUUUUCUUUGCUUGAGAACCUCCUUCCCAAACUCUCUCGUCGCAUCUGCUUCACAGCUUCAGAACCUCCUCGACCCAUCAAACAAAACCUGCCAGUGGUGGAGAGAAUCGUAGGUCCUAAAGAUCUGCAGGUGAGCGCAUUGAGCUAUAACUCUCUAAAGCUGACCUGGAGUCAGGCCACAGGAGAUGUAACCGGCUACAGGCUGCUCAUCACCCCCGUGUCUCCGAAAGGCCAUCUGCUCCCAGCACAGCAGAAACAGAUUGAUUUGAAAGGAGAUGUUGGUAGUAGUCUGGUAACUGGGUUGAGUCCUGAAACAGAGUACUCUCUAACUGUGUAUGCCAUCUACCCUGGACGUGUUGGCGAGUCUGCUACUAUUAUCACAGAAACAACUCCUGUGCCGCCUGUUGCAAACUAUCGUGUGAUUGAAGAAGGACUGUUCUUCUUACGCCUGGGCUGGGCAUCACCGCCUGGAAAAGUAGAUGCCUAUAAAAUCUACAUUCCAAGACCGGACAGACCACGGCUCAUUUAUGAGCAGAUGCUGACGGGCGACACCUCCUCUCAUGUGAUUGACGCAUUAGAAGAGGAUAAAAACUACACGGUUAGCAUCUACGCCAUGUAUCCAGAGGGCACCAGUGAGUCUGUGUCGGUCACAGGAAGAACUUUGAAACUGAUUGCUGUUAAGCAACUACUGGUUCAGAAUGCCACUACAGAUACGGUCCAGGCCCGCUGGACAUCUGUCAGAGGGGCCAGGGGCUACAGACUCACCUGGUCAUCAGCAGAGGGGCACAUUGAGAAUGUAAAUCUGGGGAACAACUUCAAUUUCUACAUGGUGCAAGGCCUACAUGCUGGAACAGAGUACACGGUAACCAUCAACCCAAUCUUUGUGGACAUUGAAGGGCCUCUUACCAUUGCCAAAGCCAAGACAUUGGAAAGCAGUACAGUACAAACCCUGAGGGCCACGGCGGUGAGCACAAGCAGCGCUGUUAUCUCAUGGAACUCUGUGCCCGGGGCCACCGGCUACAGACUGGCAUGGGGACCUACUGCAGAGUUUACAGGCAGAGAUCGACCCAGGCAGUUGGCCCUGAACAGCAGCACUACUGAAUAUAUUCUGAAGAAUCUGGUCCAUGACACAGAGUAUGUUCUGUCUCUGUAUGUGCUUUUCGGUUCUGUAGUCGGACCCGGCAUCACAGCUACAUUCAGGACCUCUCCUCUUGGAUACGUGUCAAAUUUUAAAGUGACAUCAUACACCAGCUCCUCCAUCGAUGUGGAGUGGAGCCCAAUUGUUGGGGCAACAGAGUACAAACUCACCUGGAGUUCAGAACUGGUGCGUCCCCAGAGCCGGUAUCUUGACCGCAGCGCUUUGAGUCACAGCAUAUCUGGUCUUCAGGCAAACACUGUUUAUUCUAUCAGCAUUUACGCUCUCUACAGCAACACAGAAGGGCCAGAAAUCACCCUUUCACAGCAAACAGCAUUUAUUUCAGACUCUGAGGUGAUUGAGGCAGUUCGCGAGGUGAAGGUGGUGGACAUCGGUGCCAGCUCCUUCACACUGGGCUGGAGGAAAACGCCAGGGGUCACUGGAUACAAGAUCACCUGGAGCCCCUUCCAUGGUGGAGUAAAGAAGAGUGAGGUUGUAUCUUCUUCUACUACAUCUUUCACCAUUACUGGUCUUCCUGCUAGCUCCGCCUACAAGAUCCAGGUGUCUGGAAUGGUGAGAGGCAAAGAAGGAAGUCCAGUCAUGGUGACCCCCCGCACUUUGGAUCUGCCUAAAGUCACUGGAUUUAGUGCUCUGAACACCACAGACAACAGCACUGUACUGAACUGGACCAGUGUGGCCGGAGUCUCCGGGUAUCUGCUGUCCUGGAGACACAUUUCAGAGGUGGUGAUCUCCUCCGAGCUCCUCAGCUCCACUUUUACCUCCUACAAGGUCAGAGAGCUCCAGUAUGGGAGAACCUACAUCUUUUCCAUCAGACCGCUUUAUGGAGAAGUGGAGGGUCCGGUCACAACCAUCACAAAGAGGAUCUUGGGGGUUCCUCGUCUCAUUCCUGUGCAUAGCCCCACACCUGCUCAUGUCUCAGCUCAUAGCAACUACAAUGAUGUCCAUCUUACAACCAGCCGAACACCUGUUGCCAAAGCCCCCAGCGCACCCACUACCACUCAGAAACCUGCAACGAGGCCUCAGGUCACCGUAGGCCAGAUGCCCCAAUCACUGACCAGAAUGACCACAGCAAAUGAAAGAACCACCCUGUCUGUAGAGACUCCGCCUCCUGGUCCGGUUUGUGGCAGGGGGAAGGCAGACAUUGCUUUUUUGGUCGAUGAAUCCUCAAGUAUUGGUUCCAAUAAUUUCGCCAAGCUGAAGGACUUCCUGUUCAGAAUCGUCACCUACUUCCCCUCUGUAGGACCUAAAGGAACACAGAUAGCAGUAGUUCACUACAGCGAUCAGCCCAGAAUCGAGUUCAACCUGAAGACUCACAAAGAUCGCAACUCGGUUUUGAGAGCGCUCAGAGAAGUUCGCUAUGGAGGGGGGAAUACAAAAACAGGUCGUGGGAUCAGCUAUGUCCUCAGGGAGCUGUUUCAGGAGUCUUUGGGAAUGAGGCAGGAAGCUCCUCACGUGUUAGUUUUGCUGACCGACGGGAGAGCGCAGGAUGAUGUAGAGCCACCUUCCCGCAUAGCACACGCCUUGGGUGUCAGCGUGCUGGCCAUUGGAAUCGGUCAAGCGGAUAUUGAGGAACUGAGGACGAUCGCUUCCCCCACCACCUACAAGAACAUCUUCUUCGCCACUGACUUUGAUGAUCUGCCCACCAUCGAGAGAGAGUUGAUCAGCACCCUCUGUAGUGAAGCUUUACAAUCAGAGUUCAAACAGCAUGAUGAGUCUGCUCAACUAGACACACCUACGAGCGACCCAGAGCCUCUUCCUAAACCAGAAGGGCCCUGUCCGCUCAACUGCAGGGGUCAGAAAGGAGAAAAGGGCGAUGGAUUUGGUCUUGGUGGCCUGCGCUUGAAGCAAAGCCCAGGGCAUUAUGACUCAUUCAGUCUAAAAUCAAAAGGAGAGAAGGGUGAGCGGGGUCUUCCCGGAAUCGAUGGCAUCCCCGGGUUACCAGGUCGACCGGGUAGAACUGGACCCCCUGGCUCUCAAGGGCAAAGGGGACCAACUGGAACUUCUGGUGACAUGGGACCUGCUGGUCAUACUGGACCAAAAGGACAGAGAGGAGAGAGAGGUGAGCCAGGAUAUGUCAUAGGAGCAGGCAUGGAGGUUAUUCCAGGACGUAAAGGAGAACCUGGAUCUUCUGGGCCUUCGGGUCCUCCUGGUGUCCCAGGGGUAUCAGGUCCCCCUGGGCUGCCGGGUCAACCUGGGUUCUUGGGGCCUCCUGGAAUCUCCGUCAAGGGGGAGUCUGGUGAACCCGGUCUCAAAGGUCCACGUGGGAAACCAGGUCCCAAAGGAGAAAAGGGAGAGCAGGGAUAUAAUGGUCUAGCUGGUUUGCCAGGACCAGUGGGUGUGGAUGGAGUCCCAGGACUGCCUGGUCAGAAGGGUGGGAAGGGAGAGAACGGUAUCGGAAUUCAAGGCGCUCAGGGUCCACCUGGGCCAGCUGGAGAGAAGGGUUAUACUGGACUACAAGGCCCAAAGGGUGAACCUGGAAUCCAAGGUCCACAGGGACUCAUAGGCCCUCGGGGGAAAAGAAGUCCUAAAGGAGAUCAAGGAGUCAAGGGUGAACGUGGGGAGACAGGGCCAGUCGGGCCUACAGGAAUUGCAGGCUUACCUGGAGCUGCUGGACCAAAGGGAGACGAGGGGCAGCAUGGUGCUCCCGGUGACCCAGCGAAAGGGAUUCUCGGUCCUCCGGGGAAGAAGGGCGCAAGGGGUGACGUCGGGCCUGUCGGGCCACUUGGAACUCAAGGAACUAAAGGAGAGCAGGGAGAUAAAGGUGAAAAGGGCAACCCUGGGUUUGGAAUCCCUGGUCAAUCUGGCCCUAAAGGAGAAAGUGGAGAAAGAGGAAAUGUUGGAUUAUCAGGAAAACCAGGACCUAAAGGCAAUGAUGGUUCCAAAGGAGACAAGGGGGAAACGGGUCUCCCUGGCAACUCUGGAACUCCAGGACUAAGAGGUAAAGAUGGCUUGCCAGGAACAAAAGGGGAGAUGGGAUCGAGGGGGGAGCCUGGUUCACUAGGAGAGCCCGGAGACAGGGGAACCAAGGGCCCUCUCGGUCUUCCAGGACGACCAGGAGACACUGGUGAGAAAGGAGAGUCUGGAAAAUUAGGGUUACCGGGUCCUGAGGGACACAAAGGAGAGAAGGGUGAGCCGGGAAAGCCAGGACCACCAGGAGGUUCUCCGUUGACCAUGUCAGACAAUACCAUCCUUACAAGGGCUAUUAAGGGUGAACCGGGUGAGCCAGGGCUCACAGGCCAACCUGGACAACCUGGUCCUGAAGGCAAACCCGGACCACCAGGAAAUUCACUAUUGGGAUCUGGUACAGGACAAGAUGGUCUGGAUGGUCUACCAGGACGGUCUGGAUCUAAGGGUGAACCAGGACAGAAAGGAGAACCUGGGUCGAACGGAGAGAAGGGAGAUCCUGGACGAGCUGGGAUUACUGGAAUGCCUGGUUUACCUGGAACACCUGGCAAACCUGGUGUGGAUGGAAAGCGAGGGGUAGCUGGAAAAGAUGGAGAACGAGGACUAAAGGGCGACGAAGGGGGAAAGGGGGGGAAAGGUGAACCUGGUGCAAAUGGAAACGAAGGUAAAAAAGGAGAGACCGGAUCCCCAGGCUUGCCAGGUCCUCCCAUUGUGCUCCAAGAGGGUAUGUCGAUAGAAGACAUAAAAAAGGUGUUUCCCAUACCAAUGGGACCCCCUGGACCAACGGGUCCCCCUGGAAUGAAGGGAGAGAAAGGAGAGAACGGUAUGAAUGGAGAUAAGGGGGACGCUGGCCCACCAGGGAGAGCUGUGGAAAUAAAGGACAUUGAAGCUUUGUUUGAUUCAUAUGGCAUUAAACUCUCGCUGCUGAAGGUUUUGAUUGACAGACUGCUUCAAGACGGUAUGGAGGAGCUUCUUCAUGACAUCAGCACCAACAAGAGAGUGAAAGGAGAGCGACAGGAACCCGAUUCCAACAUCAUCACCGAAUACACUAGCUCAGUAAAGUACAGUCACGCUCAUGAAUCAAUACCUACUGUGGAUGUGAGUACAGAAGAGUCUGAUCUGGAUGAGGGGCAGAUUCCUGAACCCAGUCCCGAACCAGUGGUUGAAAUAGAUGUGGCUCCUACCCUUCUCUCCCACUUCUAUCCCACCCACAGUAAGACUAACCUGAGCAAAAUAAAAGACACGCUGGCAGAGAAUGAGGAAAGCGCAACAGUUGAGAACAACUUUCAUAAUGUUACAUCUUCCAAAUUUUCCCAUUCCAACACUUCCUCCGAGAGGGUGGAUCAUGGUAAACCAGAGGUAGGUAUGGAGACAGUUUUAAACAGCCAUGAUGACACAGGAAAGAUGGCUUCUGGAGAAAAGAAGAAAGGCAGAGAAAAAGGAAAGGGCAAAGGAAACAAAGGACGUCAAAAACGGCAAAGGAAGCGUUUGCAAGACCAAGACAACGUGGAAGAGGACGUCGAGGAGGCAACAUAUGAUGAAGAAUAUGGUGCUGAGUAUGAGGAUGAGAUGCCAUCAGUAGACCCGUUUAAUGCUCAAGAGCAGGAGAAAACAGAGGAGCUGGAAAUCUCUACAACAGCUCUAUAUACACAAGAAAAUGAGGGAGAGAUAGAAGCACGUCCACUAGAACAAUCUCCAGAGGAAAUUACACCUACUGCUUUCGCAACAACAGCGAGUGCUCUGAUUUCAUCCGGAGUUGCAGAACAGAAGCACGCUGAUUCUAUAGCAUUGUCAGUGUUAAAUACAACACAAACUGAAGAGGAGGGGAACUUGUCCAAAAGUAGUGGCCUGGCACAGGCAAGGUCUAAAACGAGAAGGAGUGUCCCCUGGCCAGAUCCCAUGGCCUACAUGCCUGGAACAGCAGGAGGACAAGGGCGUUACAAGCAAGGGCACAGGCGGUCAACCUCUGGUGCGAGAGGAAAAAAUAACCUUAAUAAAAAGAAGCAAGAAAACAAAGCACCCGAACCUGUGGCAGAGACUUACAGAGAGGGAGAGGCAGAUGUCUAUCUUAAGAACAAAGCAGAAUGGGAUGAGAGACAGGGAGAUAUGGAAGAAGAGGAUACAGUGACUGAAAACAGAGAAUAUGGUUCAGGUGAUGGCGAUGAUGAAACGGGCAGCGAGGAAACCGAGGAAGACUUUGAGAUGGAAAGGGAGAGGGAGAGAUUAGAGAUGGAGAGGGAAAAGGUGGCGCUGGAACGAACGGAAGAACUGGAAAGAGAAAGAGAACGGGAGAGAGAGCUGGAUCAAGAGGAAAAGGAAGAGAGGGAGAGACAGUUACAGAGGCAAAGAAUAGAAUGGGAAAGGCAAAGAGAGAAAAUGGAGAGAGAGAGGAUGGGCGAGAUAGACAGAGAGGACGACAUUCCCAAUUGUGAUUAUCUGAAGGGACCUCCAGGUGAAAAUGGAAAACUGGGCCCUAAGGGUGAGAUUGGGGAAAACGGCCAGAAGGGCGAGCCAGGAACUGGACAUCGUGGACCCAUCGGUCAAGCAGGUCCACCAGGACUAAAGGGUGAACCUGGGGAACCAGGACCACCUGGAGCUCAGGGCAUCCAAGAUCGUGGCAACCCUGGCAUCCCUGGGUCACCAGGUCAAAGAGGCCAGCCAGGUGACCAUGGAGAAGCGGGUAAAAAGGGAGAAAGAGGAAGAAGAGGUAAAAAUGGCUCACCUGGCUCUCCAGGAAAAUCUGGUCCUUCAGGACAGCAGGGUCCACCUGGCCCUCCAGGGAGUAAAGGUGAUAAGGGUGACAGUAUCCCUGGAGAAACCGGUGACAGAGGAAUUUCUGGGAUCCCAGGUCGCAGGGGACCGAAAGGCACUGAUGGUUCUAAAGGUCCAGUGGGUCUGAUGGGUCCUAAAGGCCUCGGUGGCGUGAAAGGAGAAAAGGGUGACAAAGGUGUCACUGGUAACAGAGGAGACAAGGGUAGCCCACUUUCCAUGCCAGGCCCCCGAGGAUUUAAAGGCCUUAAAGGAGGACCAGGUGAGAGCGGGCUUCCAGGAUUUGAUGGAGAUAAAGGAGAAAAGGGGGAAGAUGGACCACCUGGUGCGAAGGGACUGAAAGGUGAGGCCGGUACCAAAGGAGCCAUGGGGCCUUUCGGUGCACGUGGUCCCGUGGGACAAAAGGGGGAUCCGGGGGAGCCCGGCGUCAACGGGGAAAAGGGUCGAAACGGAGAGAACGGAGUGGAUGGUGAAACAGGUGAAAAGGGAGACAUGGGCCUGCAAGGUCAAAAGGGGGAUAAGGGUGGGAGAGGGGAUCCUGGUUUACCUGGAGAUACAGGGAUUAAAGGAGAGAAGGGCUUCAGAGGUUUCGCUGGUCGUACUGGUAGCCCAGGACUGGAUGGAGCACAGGGUGAUCCCGGGGACCCUGGGGCACUUGGCAUUCCUGGUCUGAAUGGUAUCCCAGGACGAAAGGGAGAAAAAGGCAAUAGUGGUGUGAAUGGCCUUGAUGGAGCUCCUGGGCAAAGAGGAGAUAAGGGGGCGACUGGAUUUCCAGGUUUCGCUGGGUUUAAGGGAUCCGCUGGCUUGUUUGGAGCUGACGGUUCUCCGGGGCUGGCUGGUCCAGUUGGACCCAAAGGAGAAGUAGGACCGAAGGGAGAAAAGGGAAAGCGAGGCAGAGGAAAGGCCUGUCAAAGGGGACCCCCUGGAAUUCCUGGUCUCAGAGGCCUGGAUGGGUUAGAGGGAACCUUGGGCAUGAAGGGAGACAAAGGCGAGCCAGGACUCAGUGUGGAAGAUGUGAAGGAACUAGUGACAAAAGAGGUGGUUGAGAAGUGUGGUAAGGAUUUUCUCCUAAUGGUGAAUACAAACGAUCCAGACGAUGGUAGCAUCCUGAGAGAUGAGAUAUCUGCCCAUCCUUUCAUGCACACCCUCCCGAAAGAGUGGGCUGAAGAUAUGGAAGAUGAAACCACCCCAGUUCAUCCCGCUGUUUCUGAUGUAGAGCCAACGUUGACAUAUGGUAACAUUACAAGGGCCAACGCUGAGAGAGAUGGAGAAGGAACUAAGAGGAGACAUUCACUCAAAGUCCACGCAGAACCGGCCGCUGAUCCGUGCCUUGAACCCAUGUCUGAGGGAAUCUGCACUGAGUACGUCCUGCUCUGGUACUACUAUGCAAAUUCGGGAGAGUGUCGACCCUUUGUGUACGGCGGCUGUGGAGGAAAUAGAAAUCGCUUCGGCUCCAAACAGGACUGUCAGAAUCGAUGUGUUCUGGGCAGGAGAGAUUUUGGAUCCUGAGGAUGGAAUAUGCGCUAUUAACUCAUUUUUACAGUCACCUAACAAUAACCCUACUAAAAAUGCUAUUUAUGUACAUUUUUGACAUACUAUAUUCAGUUUUUAUCACAAUUGUAAAUGCCAGAAACGUCUUAUCUUGUUUAAUCUACAUUAUGUUUGCAUUCUACUUGUAUAACUAACUGUUGCACUGUUUUAGUGAUGACUACUGUUUUAUGCCUGAUCUCCGAGGUCAUGACUUUUAAGAGUUUAAUGCACUAUUAAUGUGAUCAUUCGACCAUAAAUAAAAAUUCUGUCAUUACUGCUCGUCCUUACAUGACGACAGAAUUUUCUGUUUUGGAUGAACUGUUUCUUUAAGAAAAGAAAUUUGUAUCCAUUACCCUUUACU